UUUUCUUGAAAGAAAAAAAAAACCGGCCUUCGAGUGAUGGCUUUCUUUAAGACAAUGCUCUGGCUUUACGCUCUGCCGAUUAUUGGUUUCACUCGAGCCGAUAUCCUCUCCCUCCCCUCCAGCACCAUCACAAGUGACUACUGUAUUAUUGGUGGUGGCUCUAGUGGAACUUAUGCCGCAAUUCGAUUGCAGCAACUGGGCAAAACCGUUACUCUGAUAGAAAAGAAUUCGCGACUCGGCGGUCAUGUCAACACAUAUUUCGAUCCUGUCACAGGAAGCACAUUCGAUUAUGGUGUAAUCUCUUUUGACAAUAUCUCAGUUGUCACGGACUAUUUCGAAUACCUCGAUGUCCCUCUAGCGCCUCUGAACUUCGAAGCCGGCUCAUCAGUAUUCGUCGACUUCGCAAACGACACCGUAGUUCCAGCUACGGCACUUCCGCAAGGGAAUGUAACAGCCGCACUCCUCGGAUAUCUCGCUCAACUGGACAAAUAUCCAAACAUCUCAAAUGGCUACAACUUGCCAACUCCAGUACCUGAAGAUUUUCUGAUCACGUGGGGUGACUUUUUGCAGAAGUACGAGCUUGGUGAUAUGGCGUACACUGUGUACACUUUCCUACAAGGAGUGGGAAACAUCCUUGCUCAACCGACACUUUAUAUCUUCAAGUACUUGACAAAACGCACUGUCGAGAAUAUCCUAGGUCUUGGCUUCCUCUCGACAUCACACCAUGAUAACCAACAACUCUACAACAACGCUCUUGCAAAGCUUGGUCCCAGCGCCUUCCUCAGUAGCAAUGUCACUCAAGUCACUCGUCUCUCUGACAAUGUCGAAGUUCUCGUCUCAACUCCCUCUGGUCCAAAGCUCAUCCAAUCUUCGAAACUGCUUAUUGCAAUUCAGCCCAAAAUCGAGAAUCUCGGAUUCCUAGAUUUGGACUAUGAAGAAGCAGCGCUCUUCGGAAAAUUCAACAACAGCUAUUAUUGGGAUGCUGUCCUUCGAAACACAGGUAUCCCAGACAAUAUUUCUUUGGUGAAUGUCGAUUUGGCUGCUCCAUACACUAUUCCCGCCAUGCCAGCACUCUACAACAUAGAUUACUCAGGAGUCACGGAUCUACAGACUGCGUACUACACCAGUCCUUCUUACUUCUCCGACGAGGAAGUCAAAUGCCAGAUUUUAGCGACAACUGCGAAGCUAGUCGAGCUUUUGGGUUAUCCGGCACCAAAUGGGACGACGGAAUUUGUUGGUUUCAACAAUCAUGCACCAUUCGAGCUUACUGUGUCUGUGGAGGAUAUUGCAGACGGUUUCUAUGAUAAAUUGAAUGCACUGCAGGGAGCUCGUAACACGUUUUGGACAGGUGCAACGUGGCAGGCGCAUGAUUCGAGUGAGAUUUGGAAUUGGACGGAAUAUACACUUCUGCCACAACUUCUAGCUUAAUCAUUAAUCCUUAGUAUAAAUGGUCUUUUUUAUCAG